ACAUUUAGUGGUAGUGCAACAAAGUUGCUUGUGGUGUAUGCAACCAAAUUUCGUUUCGAUUCUAUUAUCAUUUGCAUUUCGAAAAUGUCUCCCACUCCGGAAAAAACUGACCCAUCCGUCACCCCCACCGACUUACCCACCACCGCCAACUGCAAUGACAUUAUUACCAAAGAGUUUUUGCAAAAUGCGCUAAAAAUGGAGGCGAACGGUGGCCCUGUACCGGAAAUAAUUUCUCAUUUUGCCACCCUCGGUACCAAACCGGGCGAUAAUUAUGCCAGCAUUAUUUACUCGGUGGAUGUCGACUUAUCUGACGGGACGAAACGUCACCUUCUAAUAAAAUGCUACCCGAAUCAUCCCGCAAGACAAGAGUUGACGAACAAGUGCAACAUGUUUUUCAAGGAGUGCGAAGUGUACUCCAAAUGGAUUCCGGCAUUGAAACGGAUGCAGAAAGAAGUGUUUGGUCUGGAUAAGGAGGAUGCUGUCAAGUUGCCUUAUGCGAAAUUCGUGCAUGGCGAAUGUAUCGAUUUUCAGUCGGAGGAAGGUGAAGCUCGAAAGUCCGGACCGAUCAGCUCACUCGAUAAUUACAUCAUGAUGGAAGAUCUCCGAAAAACGCACGGAUUUCGGAUGACCAACCGUCUCGAACCUCUCGACCUUGAUCAUAUGCGCCUGAUUAUUGAAGCCUUGUCGAAAGUGCAUGCAAUGAGUUGGGCGUAUCGGCACCAUGUGGAGGCAGAUAUUACAGAAAAGUUUCCCUGCUUGGUGACAAACAUGGCGAGUGAAGAUCUUGAAACUUGGAACAACGUUAUUCGGGCUAAUCUGGAACAAACGAAGGGAAUUUAUGACAAAGAGUUUGGCCAAAAUAAUGACUAUUCUGCUGCAGUUGAUAAGUUUUCAGGAAUGAUUGGCAGGAUAGGUGAAUUUUUCACUGCAAAAGGAACUGCAGUAGGGAUGGAUAAAAUGAUGCGAAUUACAAAUCCGGAUCCGGCAAAGUUUGGGAAGGAUGCAGAAAAUCCAGAACCUUGGCGAAUCAUUUGUCACGGUGAUUGCUGGAGUAACAACAUGGUUUUCCGGUAUGAUUCUGAGACGGGAAAACCGCUCGAAAUCGUCCUCCUCGACCUUCAAAUGCCCCAAGAAACCUGUGUCGUGAACGACCUCGAGUACGUCAUAUUUGUCGGUACGACACUAGAAUUCAGACGAAUACACCUCGACGACCUCCUCCAACUUUACCACGAUACGUUCAACGGCAUCUGCGAAAAAUUUAAUACGCCCACACUGCCCGGAUUCUGCAUGGAUUCGCUCCAAUAUCGGUUUCAUCGGGCCAAAUUUCUCGGUUAUUACAUGGCCACGAUGGUCGUUCCAAUUAUGCUAAAAGAGGGCGAAGUGAAGAAUCUGGAGGACAUGGAUGAGGGGAAAGAUCUCACGGAUGCGUUCAUUGAAAUUUGUAAGGCAGACACAAGCAGCCUCGUCAAGGACAGACUUAUCCAAGUCAUGAAAGGAAUGCUGGAGGAUGGCGUCUUUUAACUAAUUAGAAUUUUAGUGGAAAUUUAUUCGGGUAUUUUAAUUGUGUGAUUUUACAAAUUGAUGAUCAUUGCAACCGUAAUAAAAUUGGAAAUACGGAACCAUAUGCACUUUUAA